CGCCCUGAGCGCGGUCCCUUCCCAGUUGCACCGGUAGGCACCGCCGCUGGGCGCUGGGAGGGCGGGAGGAGCGGCCCCGGCUCCGGGAGGCGAUGCCCGGUCCCCGUCUGCCCGCACUCGAGGAGCAUCCUGCUUCCUCGCAACGGGUUUUGAAGGGGAUUCAACGAAAUUCGCAGCUCCGAGGCUCACCGCGGGCUGGGAGCAGCCGCCUCUGCGCUGGGGCUUUGAGGGGAGCGUUCGCUGCUUUCCCUUUUCUUUAUUUCUUUUAAUAUGUUUUUUAUUUAAUUUUUAGAUUUUAUUUUAACGCCCAGAAAAACUUUCCCAGCCCGGGAGGGACCCUCAGACCGGUUAAUGGGGGGGGGGGGGGGGCGAGCAGAGCGCAGCAGCCCUUUGACAACCUCCCCUUCUCUACCCCACAUCUCCCCCCCUGGAAUCCCCCCGCAGCUAAUCAUCCCAUUACGAGCCCCAUCAGCGGAAUAAUGACAGCCAAAGAGGGCGGAAACCGCCCGGAAAGCGCCGGGACCAGGGCAGCAAUUAAUUCCCGUUAAUGAACCUGCAAGGUGUCGCCGCUGGGGAGUGACACCCCCAAACACCCGGCGGCCAAUGGGCGCGUUCUCCCGGAGGGGGCCGGGGUCCCCCUGCUAACGGGGCAAAGCGCUUGGGGGUUCCUCCCCCUGCGCCCCCCCCCCGGGCGCGGUUCCUGCCGCUGUCCGAGGUGCUGAUGGCUCCGCCGGCCCCGCGGUGACUCCGGUUCCCCCCCCCUCGGGUGCUGUCCGAGGUGCUGGUGGGAAGGGGGGCGCCGCGGCCGCCCGACGGCUGGCCACCCCCUCCGCCCUCCCCUCGCCCUUCCCCAUCGAUUUCUGGAUCAUUAAGCGGUUAAGGCGCUGCGAAGCACCACUAUCGAUCGCUGCCUCCCCACGUCCGGCUGGGAGCCCCCAGGCUGCCCCCCAGCCCGCGCCGCCGCGGCCCCGGGCGAGGGUGGGGUGGCCGGCUGGGCGCGAUGCUGAAGACGGAGCAGCCCUGGAUCUAAUGCGCGGCGCCUCGGAGAGCCUUGCAGCAAUUGUGGCCCGGAUCCCAGGCUGAACUUUGCGCUUUCGUUUUCUUUUUACCCUCUUUUUUUAAAUUAUAAUUUUUCCUUUUUUUUUUUUUUAAUUUUUUCGAUUUUUCAUUUUCCCUCCUGUUAUUGUUAACUAUCGUUACCAAACCGCUUCCGCCGCACCCGCCCUGCCAAUGCCCGUGUGAGCGCCGGCACCUCGCGGGGGCCAUGGAGGGCUCCACCGGGUUUGGGAUCGAUUCCAUCCUCUCCCACCGAGCCAGCAGCCCGGCCGUGCCCAAGGGGGACCCGCUGGUGGGCGACGGCCGGUCCCCGCUAGAGCUGAGCCCCCGCUCGGAGGGCAGCAGCGGGUGCCCCUCGCCCCGCUCGCCGGGCCGCGAGUGCCUGGAGGCGGCGGUGCCGCGGCAGGGCCUGGAUGCGCUCCUGCAGCCGGGGCAGGUCUCGGCCCCCUCCCAGUCCCGGACCGUCACCUCCUCCUUCCUCAUCCGAGACAUCCUGGCCGACUGCAAGCCCCUGGCCGCCUGCGCUCCUUACUCCAGCACCAAUGGACCUCACGGCGGGCAGGAGCCGGCGGGCAGGAUCCCCACCAAGCCCGGCGAGGACUUUCGGGAGAAGAUGGAGAAAAACACCAGCAGCUCCUCCUCGGACUCAGAGUACAAAGUGAAAGAAGAAGGGGACCGAGAGAUCUCCAGCUCCCGGGACAGCCCCCCGGUGCGGCUGAAAAAGCCGCGCAAAGCCCGCACCGCCUUCACCGACCAUCAGCUGGCCCAGCUGGAGCGCAGCUUCGAGCGGCAGAAGUACCUGAGCGUGCAGGACAGGAUGGAGCUGGCCGCCUCCCUCAACCUCACCGACACGCAGGUGAAAACCUGGUACCAGAACAGAAGGACCAAGUGGAAAAGGCAGACGGCGGUGGGCCUGGAGCUGCUGGCCGAGGCUGGCAACUACUCUGCUCUCCAGAGGAUGUUCCCCUCGCCCUACUUCUACCCACAGAGCCUGGUCUCCAACCUGGACCCCGGCGCCGCUCUCUACCUGUACCGCGGACCCAGCGCGCCGCCCCCCGCCCUACAGAGACCCUUGGUGCCCCGCAUCCUCAUCCACGGACUGCAGGGCGGCAGCGAGCCCCCGCCGCCCCUGCCCCCGCUGCCCGGCGUCCUGCCCCGGGCCGCGCAACCCCGGUGAGCCCCGGCCGCCCGGGGCAGCCCCACCGGCACCCAACCGGGCUGGAGGGGGCCACCCCGCCUCCGGGGCAGCGGGCAAGCGACAGACUCCCGCUCACCCCCCUCUAUACAUAUAUAUAUAUAUAAAUGAGACCUCUCCCCCCUCCUUUUUAUAAGUAUAUAUAUAGAGAACGCAAGAAGCAAGGACAGGCCUGGCAGGACGGAGAGCCGGAGACCUGCCCCAUCCCCAUGUGCCCCCCGCCCGGAGCUCGGGCAGGGACCGGCUGCCCCCGGGAGGGGGGGGGCUUUGCCUCUCUGCCUCUCCCCAAGGACCGCGGUGGGGACCGAGCUCCCCCGUCACGGACGGCUCCGCCUCCAGCGGCUCCCCGAUACCGAAGCACCGGUCCCGCCGCAGGGGAAGGGCCGGGGCAGGGAGAGGGGAAGCGGUGUCCGGACAGAGACUUUGGGACGUCCGUAACUACA